AUGGCCCCCGUAACCGACGCUCAGAUGACCAAGAAGACCCGAAGAUCGCUGAGGGCAGGAGGACUUCAUGUGAAGACAGGCUGCAAAACUUGCAAGGUCCGACAUAUCAAAUGUGAUGAGGAGAAGCCUGCUUGCGCCAACUGCAAGAAGACGGGCCGUAUUUGUGAUGGAUAUGCUCAUCAAAAAGGGAUAGAUCCCACGGCCGUACCGUCUUUACUGUAUCAAAAGAUCCUUGAUCAGGCCUUGGCAGCAAUCUCCAACCUACACCCUGACUUCCUACAGAACGCAAAAGAGCGACGCUGUUAUGAUUACUUCCAUUCCAAUGCAAGGCCUGUGAUCAAUUUCGCAUUUGGAAGUUCUCUUCGUGUUCAGCAGCUCAUCCUACAAGCCAGCCAUUCCAAUGGAAGCACUAAGCAUACGGUACUCGCUUUAGGCUCUAUCACUGAAUACCUCAACGAGGCCAAGAUUUUAUCACAAAACGUCUCCCACGAUACGGGGCGACUCCGAUAUGCUCAUGGGCAAUACAUCAAAGCCAUCUGCGAGCUGCAGAAGGAAUUGUCUGUGACACAUAACCCACCAACAGAGCUAGUCCUCACGUCAUGCUUGUUGCUCUCGCUCUUUGACUUUCUUGGAGGCGAAGAUUCCAACGCAAGAGUACACCUCACGGCUGGUAUCGACAUCUUACGACGCUGCUAUCCUACCGAACUCAACGAGCUGACGUCACCUGGGCUUCAGAAAAACCAGCAGCCCAACCUCAUGGUCCAAGACUUUGCUCGUAUCUUCAGUGUCAUGGACCUACAUGCCGCCUUCUGGCUCGGGCUCUCCACCUGCUACACUUUGCCGAUGGAACCGUAUCCGUUGCUCGACAAGACGCUUCUCAUUCCCGGCGCAACCCCAGAUCUCGACAAGAUCUCACUGAUUCUCAACUGCCAGCUCGGUCGAGCAAAUGCCUUUUUCCACGACAACACGCCAAGAUACCCUUCCCCUUCAGCGUUCAAUGUCCCUUUCCACAUCCAAGCCGAGAAGCAACGAAUACUAUACGAGCUCGAGCAAUGGCCCUCAAUUCUCACAAACUUCCUCUCCAGAACACCUCAACCAACACGACUCGAAUCCGAUCGAAUUGCAAUCAUGAGAAUGCAAUAUCUCGCUCUCCAUAUCAGAAUCAAUACCUUCCUCUCACCGCCACUACCAGCCAUCUACCUUCCCUUCACAUCCGCCUUCUCCAGCAUCCUCGCAGACGCGAAAGCCGUACUCCAGUUCACACCCUCCAAAUUGCCAACCCCGCCUCCAGAGACCGCCCAACCUCCACUUAUUCGUGAAAAUGUCCUUCAAGCGAUAGCCGCUAAUUGUGGUGAGGAGGACGCUCUGAAUAUGUCAUUCCUUUCCUUCGUGGCGGGACUGAUCCAGCCACUCUAUUUCACCGCCACAAAAUGCCAGGAUGCCAGAAUGUGCAGAGAUGCUAUCGCAAUGCUGGAGGAGACCCCGUGGAGGGAAGGAGCGUGGGAUAGUUCUCUUAUGGGGAGGAUCGCGCGGCGGGAGUUGGAGGGCAGGGCAAAGGAGAGUGAUGUCCAGGAGAUUGCUUGA